CAUGUGCAGAGAGCCAAUCAGCGGGAUAUUAUACCACGGCCAAGACAUAAGCACUAAAGAAGAAGAAGAAGAAGAAGGCGGGGAAUGCAUCCUCAUCACCAUGCCGUCGCAUCUGUUGCGUGGCGCAGUCGGAAGGGCGCUAGAUAAGCCGGGCCGUGUGCGAUCAUGAAGCCCGGAAAGCUCACGCCAUUCCACAGCACGGGGAAACGCAUGCCUAACGAGAGAAAGUCAUCACCACAGGCUAGCACGCAUUCACUCGGACGAACUUUGCCAACACCUUUCCCUAAACCAGGGAGCCGUUUCGUUCCAACGUCCCCCACCCUUCAUCGACCGCAAUGACUUCGCUGGAAGCAGACGAGCGGAACGCAACACCUCUCCUCCCCGACGACCCUGCGGGGUUCCUCGACGACCCACGCUUCCACCAGACCUUCACCCUGCCCGCCGGCCCCGACCGGCCGCACCCGUUCCAGGUGACGUACUGCGACUACGGCUACCGGGACCCGGAGAGUCCGGAGCGCGAGCAUGUCCUGCUGAUCUGCGGGCCUCUCAUGGGCAGCCGCUUUCUCCACGUCGCCAAGGACGCCCUCGCCAAGCAGCACCACGUCCGGGUCAUCAACCUGGACAGGCCGGGCUUCGGCGGGACGACGCCCGUCCCCGCGGCAGACCGCGUCCGCAUCUGGCUCGAGAUUGUGCCAGCCCUCCUGCACCACCUCGGCGUCCGCCACGUCUCGAUCGCCGCGCAUAGCUGCGGCACCAUUUACGCGCUCAACAUCGUGCUGCACCAGCGCCGCCUUCUCUCCCCCGCGCGCCCGUACGUCGCGCUCGUCGUGCCCUGGGUCCACCCGUCGCACUCGGGCGUCGCGAUCAUGCGGGCCGCCGCCGCGCUGCCCGACGCCGUGCUGGGUCGGUUCCACACGCUCACAGGCUUCUUCCAGCGGAAUGUCGCACCUGUGACCGAGUUCAGCGGCGUCGGCUUCCGCGCCGUCAGCGAGAUGCUGCCGUCGAUGUGGGGAGCGAACCCCGCCCCGGCGGCGAGCCCCGCUCAGGUGGCGGCCACCGCGGCGUCGGGGGUUGACGCGCGCAUGGCGACGUUCGAGCAGGCCAUCUGGAAGCGCAUCAUCGACAAGGUGUUUGUGGAGAGUGUGCAGGGCCCCAGCGAGGAAGCCGUCCUGCUGCUGAAGCGGGCGGAGCACCCCGGGUACUGGGGCUCAUGGGAGGACCACGACCAGCUUGUCACGCUGCUGGCCGAGGGGGAGGCUGAGUUGGGCGCCGGCGGCCCGGCGGCGGACGGCGCGAGGUUGAAGGUCGACGUGUACUUUGCGGAGGAGGACCACAUGAUCGGGACCGGGAAGGGGCCCAAGUGGUUCGAGGACUGCUGGCGGGCCGAGCGGCGCGGCGACCGCAUCGACUUUUCGAGCUGCGUCGUCCCCGGUGCUGAACACGACAACAUUGUGGACUUGGGGUUCGACGUGUUUGAAAGGAUCUUCCGCCAGGUGGGCUGGAUGGACGAGAGCGGAGGCGGCGGCUCGCCUUCGCUCGAUGCAGUACCGAGUCCCAAGGGAGGAGGAGAGGCUCCGGUUGCUUGAGGUGAGUCAUCCUCGAGCCUAAUCGGGGGAACCGGUGUCCGCCUCAGUUCUUGGGAGGGAUCGGUUAUCAGUGUCUGUCACGAGGGCAGUCUGGGCAUUUCCGAGAUACUUUCUAGUGCUUGUCAUCCACGGUUUCUAGCAACCCUCGCGGAGAGAGAAAAAAAUCAAGCCGCCGGAUGGGAAUCAUUAUUCGUCGAUUACCGGGCCAAGCUUUGGUCUUAGAAGAGAAGAUUCACUCAAUACGUCGACCCACUCCCCUCCCUCUCAGCCC